AUGGAGUGCUAUUCCGUUGACUGCAAUUCAGUUGUAGAUUUGGAAAAUAGUCAAAUUGUUACGCUUUCUAACGACAAGAUCAGAGUGACCAUUGCAGAGUACGGACUCUACAUUCUCAGUCUCGAGACUCCUGAUCGUGAUGGGAAGUUUUCUGCGGUCAAUCUUAACUACGACCAUGAUUGGACGAAGUACCUUCACGACACUCUCUACCUGUGCUGUGGUGUAGGAAGGUAUGCUAAUAGGAUUCUGAAUGGCCGUAUGACAGUUGAUGGUAAGGAGUAUCAGUUGACCGUCAAUGACGGGGACCAUUGUCUCCAUGGUGGUAUCGAUGGUUUCAACAAGAAGGUUUGGAAGCACACGGAUUCUUACCGUGAUGAAAAAUCGGCUUCCGCGACUUUCGCGAUGCGUUCCGAAGAUGGCGACCAAGGUUUCCCCGGCAAUUUGGAUGUCACUGUUGUUUUCACAAUCACCGGUAGCAAGUUGACGAUGGAGUACUAUGCCACUACUGAUGCUACUACUGUUAUCAAUCUGACACAUCAUACUUACUUCAACCUCAACAACGACCAUUCACAGACUAUACGCGACCACGAGUUAUGUCUACCAAAUGGUCACCAAUUCGUGAAGGUUGAGAACAAUGGUAUCCCCAUUGCUGGUGCUCCAUCUGAUGUUAAGG